GACAAACGAGGAGAGAAGUACAGACCGAAUAACUUCAUCAAAAUGAGCCGGACAGUCGCGUUAUUUGACAGAAUAUUAAACUAUGCGGGCGCUUUUAACUCUUAGGCCGACAGACAGUGAUAUUCGUGUUGUCUUUCACCGUUUAGUCCUCUGUGUAGUUUAAUAUUAGUGUGCUAACGUUGCCGUUUGUCAAAGUUUUCAUUUGAACUUUAAGCUAACCGACCGAAACGACGUCAUGAUCCCCGAAUGUCCACGAGCCGGGGACACGAGGAGCCGAACCCGCUUCCUGCGCAGCCCAGCGGCCGAACCGAGCCAGAGCCGCGGUGUCAGCGGCUUGUUGUCCGAAAUCAAGACCCCCAUCACCAACGAACCUUUCACCGACCACUACACCAUCCUCCCCGGGAAAGAGCUCGGAAGGGGGAAGUUCGCUGUGGUCAGAAAGUGUGUGGAGAAAUGCACGGGCCACGAGUACGCCGCAAAGUUCAUGAGGAAGAGACGGAAAGGCCAGGACUGCCGGACGGAGAUCAUCCAUGAGAUCUCCGUGCUGGAGCUCGCCACCGUCAGCUCCCGGGUGGUCAACCUCCACCAGGUCUAUGAGAUGGCCUCUGAGAUGGUGCUAGUCCUGGAGUUUGCGGCCGGAGGCGAGAUCUUCAACCAGUGCGUGGCAGAUCGGGAGGACGAGGCCUUCAGCGAGGAGGACGUGAAGAGGCUCAUGAGGCAGAUCCUAGAGGGAGUCUCCUUCCUCCACCAGAACAACAUAGUCCACCUGGACCUGAAGCCUCAGAACAUCCUGCUGACCAGCUGCUCUCCUCUGGGGGACAUUAAGAUCGUGGACUUCGGUCUGUCCAGGAUGGUCUGCAGCCACCAGGAGCUCAGGGAGAUCAUGGGAACCCCGGAGUAUGUUGCUCCCGAGAUUCUAAAUUAUGAGCCGAUCAGCACAGCGACAGACAUGUGGAGUAUCGGGGUCUUGACCUACGUGAUGCUGACGGGCAUCUCUCCGUUCCUGGGCGAAGACAAGCAGGAGACGUUUCUUAACAUCUCCCAGCUCAGUGUGAGCUACACAGAGGAGGAGCUGCAGCAGCUGGACCAGGCCGCCCUGUCCUUCAUCCAGACGCUGCUGCGCAAACAGCCACAGGACCGGGCCACGGCGGAGCAGUGUCUCAAACACCCCUGGCUUCAGUCCUCAGAGUCUCAGGAAACCCAGACGGUGGAGCAGAUCCUCCCAGUGGAGGAGCAGGAGGCGUCCAGCACCACCAGCAGCACGACCGCAGCCGAGGAGGAGGAACGCCCAGUGACGGAGGAGCUGAUCGUCAUGGCCGCUUACACCCUGGGUCAGUGCCGCCAGUCCUCCACCUCGGAGAAAGAGGCUCUGGCCGCCGAGCAGAAGGCCAUCUCCAAACGCUUCAAGUUCGAGGAGCCCUUCAGCGCCCUGCAGGAGGUCCCUGGGGAGUUCAUCUACUGACCCCGCCCACCACACGCACCGCCAGCCUCCUGCAGAGGAAAAGUUAGUGUUGUCACGGUAACAAAAGUAAACCUGCUUAUUCAAACUCCCCUCCAUAUAUACUGUACGUUUGUAAUCAGAUGCUGUUGCACAGUCAAACUGAUUUCAUUUAAGAAGUUGGACUUUAAGUGCAUUUUUUAAGAGCCCACUUACAUAUUUCUCCCAUAAUGCAUCACCUUGCUUGACACCCACCACACCCCAACGCAGCUACAGUAGAUUUAUGUCACUUGUAUUUCAUUUGGUUUGCUGUUGUAGUUUUCUUUACCCCUGAAUAACUGACCAAAUGUCGACAGGUGUGAGACAUUUCCACGAGCUACUGUGAAUUUGGAAAUUGAGCUUUGAAGAGUGAGGUCGUCUUUUUGAUGGAGGGAGGAGUCCAUCACAGAGAGGCAGAGGGACAGAGGCUGAAUCCAGAUGUCCAGCUUCCAGACUGGGACUUUAAAUCUGAGAGGAAAACGCUCCAUGACAGUUUAGAGUAAAAUGUCUUGGAUGUUAUCACUCCCAAAAUCUUAACAUGUGAUUUAAGUCUUAAGUUUUAAAUUUACGAGUUGUGUGCAAUAUAAAGUCUCAAUACAUAGAUAUAUUUAUAAAUAAAGAAUUUAAAAAAAGAUCAUAAGUUCGUCUUUGACACUGGAAACGGUGUCGACAGAACUGUCUCACCACAAGGUCCAAUUGGUCGUCGUUCUGGAGCUUUUGAUCAUGUGAUACAAUCUUUGAUCUCCAGUUGUCAUGGAAGGAAAUUCAAUUAAAAUUUGAUCUGUACUUCAGUGACAAGUGGGCAACAACAACAUCUGCUGA